GUGUACCUGAUCCAAGCGUUACUUCCACUCCCCUUUCUCGUCGCUUGCUUGUUUUCGAUAGUAACGUGAAACACGUCCGAUUGUUCCAUUCGCUAAAAUUUGCUGAAAAGUGAGACGAAAUGGCUCGUACGAAGCAGACCGCUCGUAAGUCCACGGGAGGAAAAGCCCCCAGGAAGCAGCUCGCCACCAAGGCGGCCAGGAAGUCCGCCCCCUCCACGGGCGGCGUGAAGAAGCCUCAUCGUUACCGUCCCGGAACAGUGGCACUCAGAGAAAUCCGCAGAUACCAGAAGUCCACCGAGUUGCUGAUCAGAAAACUGCCAUUCCAGAGAUUGGUCAGAGAAAUCGCACAGGAUUUCAAGACCGAUCUGCGUUUCCAGUCUGCUGCCAUCGGAGCCCUCCAGGAAGCCAGUGAGGCGUACCUCGUGGGUCUUUUUGAAGAUACCAAUUUAUGCGCCAUCCACGCCAAACGGGUGACCAUUAUGCCCAAAGACAUACAGUUGGCCCGUCGAAUCCGCGGAGAGCGUGCAUAAACAUCUUCGAAAUAUUUAUAUAUUCACUGUAGGUUACAUUGUUCGUUUUUCUUUUCUUUAGUUAUAUUUCGUUCUUCAUAUAGUUACUGUCUUCGUUUUUUCACUUUACAAAAUCGUUGGUGUUGUCGCAACGGAGUUUUGAAAUUUGAUGAAUCAGCGGUAACAUGUUUUUUUAAAAAUCAUACAGUAGAUAUAUUCUUAUAUUCACUUUUUAUCCAUCAACUACUGCCCCUCGAGAUUCAUGAGGAAUUACGUGACGGCUUUAUAUUCUGCCACUUUUUAAAUGUGUAGUUUAUCGUAAUUAAUAAAUUAAAGUGUUCAAAUAUGUGGUUCAGUUUUGUUUAUAAUUGCAGUACAUGGAUAAAUAAAUGUUCAAUAGGAGUUAAGGUAUGAUAAGGUUUGUCUUAAGUUUUUUUUUUAGAGUAAAUUGUAGGAAAAUACUUUAAUUUAAUAAAGGACUCUGUAUUCUAUCUA